GGAAGCGGCAACAUAAGUCAGCAUCGAAGUUUCGGCUGCUGUCAGCUUGUACAGUCACGGCAUAGAAUAGCGCUCCCGGUGGAGGGGCCAUGGCCUUGGUUGCGGCCUGCCUAGUGCUCAGUCGCCUGCCGUCAUCCCAACGAACAGCUUCCAUUCUCCACUGUGGCAAAAAGUCUGCUCCACCAUGGUCCUCACUGUGUACGGCCACCAGAUCAGCCCGCCGGUACGUUCCGUCCUUUUGACGUGCAAGGCUUUGGGCAUCGAGUACAAGUUCCAGUUGGUCGACUUGAUGAGCGGAGAGCAUAAGAAGCCGGAUUUGAUGAAGAUAAAUCCAGAGGGCACUGUACCUUUCAUUCAGGAUGGAGAUUUCUUCCUUUCGGAAAGCCACGCCAUCCUGACGUACCUCGGCGACAAGGCUGGCAACGACAGCUGGUACCCAAAGGACAUCAAGCAGAGAGCCACCAUCCAACAUCGCCUGCACUUUGACAACAUGAUGUUGUUUGGGAGGCACAAGGACAUCGUGAAACCGAUCUUCACAGAAAAUGCAAAGGAGAUGCCACCGGCGAAGGUCCAGAGUUUGCAAGAUUCUCUGGACCUGAUGGAGGGCAUGAUCCACGAGGGAGGCUGGCUCGCCGGAAGUAAACCUACCAUUGCAGACUGCUGCUGCGCGACCAGUGUUUUCCACCUCGUAGCUGUGAUUCCGGAUUUGACCUUGAAGCCUAAGGCAGCUGCCUGGCUGCGACGGUGUGAAAAAGAACUUCCCGACUUCGACGAAAUCAACACAGUCUACGUGAAGCAAAUUGUUGAUUUACUUUCUAAGACGCUCGGCAAGAAAUACACUUCUUAAUUUAACGUGCAACCUUUUAAUUUUAUCCCAAUAAA